AGAGGGGGGAGAGAUUAAGUGUGAGAGGGAGAGAGGCAGAAGGCGAGACAGAGAGCGGCUGAGGAGGAUCCCAGGGACCCAGUACUGAUCCUACAGCUGAGCACUGACUGCAGUAGGGACGCAGGAGCUGCAGCUUCACCAGCACACUGAGGAGAAGGGGACCUUUUGGAAGACGUGUGCAGAUUGCUGAUAUCUGUGACCAGGAGACCUCUUGAACUGCUAUGAAGAGCUCUGUGAUCUGAGGCAACAGACAAACAGCUGUGGUCCUGGGAGGUGCAGAAUUGAAUUAAAGCAGGAUCAGCUCAGAAGCUCAACCUCUAAGGAGGACCCGUAGUCUAUUUGUACUGACCACAAGCAGCCAAACAAAGCAUCAUGACAACCCGUCCAGGAGUGAAACCUCUCCAGAAAUCUUCCCUCCGAGGAGUUCACAUUACCCAGUUUGUGGAUAAGAUUCCAAAAGGAUGCAGCACACCUGACUUUGAGCGAAAACCUGUCAGUCUAACAUUGCAGGAAGGUAAAAAUGCCAUAUUCAGAGCUGCAGUCAAGGGUGUUCCCGCCCCUGAGGUGAAAUGGAAACGUGCAAAAGGAGAAAUGAACGAUCCUGCCAAAUAUCUAAUGUUCUAUAGUCCAGCUACAAGUGAACACAUUCUGCAGAUAAAUAAAAUCACUGCAGGUGACUCUGAUUUGUACCGUUGCUUUGCUGUAAAUGAAUAUGGGGAGGCGUCAUGCUCUGCUGGCCUCAGGAUCAUACAAGUUGGCUUUAAGAGGAAAGCAAACUAUGUUACUGGUCAUCCUGCUGAAGACUUGAAAAAGAAUCUUCAGGACCUCAAGAAGACGCUGAAGAAGCGGGCUCCACCACCAAAACAAAAAGUAGUGGACAAAGAAGCAAUCUUCCAACUGUUACUGCACGCAGAUAGGAAAGAUUAUGAGAGAAUCUGUAUUAAAUAUGGAAUUUCUGACUUCCGUGGCAUGCUGAGAGCGCUUCAGGAGUUGAGGAGGGAUGCGGAGAGUGAACAAGCAAAGUUAAUUCACAGUGUCAGAAACAUGGAACACAUCAAGGUCAACAAAGAUGGAAGUGCUUCGUUUAGUCUGGAGAUGGACCUGAAAAGUGCUAGCAGCAACAUUUAUCUGCUUAAGGAUGGUGAGAAGGUCCGUUAUGGAACAGGGGAUGAAUACAGAAAGUAUUACCUUAGACAAAUUGGAAAGAAGUAUUAUUUUAUUGUUAACGAUGUGCAUCCAGAAGAUGCAGGCUUGUAUCAAGUCAGAGUGGAGGAUGUACCUGUUUUCUCAACUGAGCUGGAUGCUGAAUCCAUCCCUGUGAGAUUUCAGAAGCCGCUCAGAGAUCUGCGUUGUCAUGAGGAGGAAGAUGUUGUCUUUGAGUGUGUCCUGCGCACUCCCUGCUAUGAUGCUGUGUGGUUACAUAAAGCCCACCCCCUCGAAGCAAGUGAGAAGCACCAGAUCUCUGUGAGCCCUGAUGGUAUGACCCACCAGCUUAUUAUCAAAAAUGCUGUGACCUCUGACAAUGGCUUGUAUACACUUGACACUGGACUCUGCUCCUCGAGGGCCUGGCUUCUUGUAGAGCAUGCCAAAGAGGCAAAGAUACAGGAUGAGGAGGAACAUGAAAAAUCUGACUGGCAGAAGGGAACGCCAGAUAAGGACAGAGCUAAGAAGCUUAAACGUGGAGAAUAUCUUGGUGAUGAAGAUCAUCCUAUGGAUGCUGGCAUGAAAAGAGAUGGCUGGUACAGAAGUGACCAAGAAGGCAGUCAAGGCUACUCCGCUGAUGCUGAUGGAGAAUUUAAAUUUUUAGGAAAAGAAGGGCUGCGCAAAACCAACAGAGAUGAAAGCAUGGGGCCUGGGCAGUUUUCUAGAGAACUGGGAGGUGCAGACUCCAUGAUGGAUGGUGCUAGUAACAUUGGAUUAAAAAUUUUAGAAGACGAAAGUGGAUUGAGGCCUGUACACAGCCAGGGUUCUAUGACAGGCAGAGCAGAUACUGAUGAUGGAUUAGGAGGAGGAACUAAAUCUUAUUCUGUGGAUGGCAGACAUGAUAGCAUGUUAGGUGCAGUUGAUGUUGACAUGGGUGGUGCAGAAGGUGUGAGCUCUUGGCAUGACAAGAAUGCUAAAUUAGGUGAUGCUAGUUCUAGGGCUGCCUUUGUUGGUAUGAAGAGUUUAGAUGGAAGUUCUGUGUCAGAUGGAAUCAAUCUUGAUUCAACCAGAGUGGGAGGUGCACAAUCUGUCUAUAGCAAAGAUGGUCUGCCUGCUGCAGUUGAUGUGAAUGGGGUCAGUAUAAAUAGAGAAGGAGAAAUAGGGUCUCCCUACAGCAAAGACAACCUGAUAGUUGAUGCUGGUGGUCGUGUAGGUCAGGCGGGAAUAUCUGGCUUGCUGUAUGGCCCAGGUGGUCUUCCAGCUGGAGAUGGGGCUAGGACUGGUGCAGGUGGUAGUUUUGUAGGAGAAAUGGAGGUAUUAUAUAGUCCAGAUGGUCUGCCAAUUGGGGCAGGUGUUGAUGCUACUGCAGUUAAAAGGGGGGAUCUGUAUGGUAAGCGUGGUCAGUUAAGUGAACCAUAUGGAAAGGAUGGUUUACCAGCAGGAAUGGAAGCUGGGGUUGGUGGUGCUGGUUUGGAAGGUGCUGGGUCUAUAUAUGGAAAGACAAGUGUUGGUGGUGCUGGAGUAGCUGGUGCAGGGCCACUUGGGUCUCCAUAUGGGAAGGAUGGUCUCCCGCUUGGGGCUGGUGUUGGUGGUGCAGGUGUGGCUGGUGCAGGGGCAGUUGGGUCUCCAUAUGGGAAGGAUGGUCUCCCAGCUGGGGCUGGUGUUGGUGCUGCAGGUGUGGCUGGUGCAGGGGCAGUUGGGUCUCCAUAUGGGAAGGAUGGUCUCCCAGCUGGGGCUGGUGUUGGUGCUGCAGGUGUGGCUGGUGCAGGGGCACUUGGGUCUCCAUAUGGGAAGGAUGGUGUCCUGGCUGGGGCUGGUGUUGGUGGUGCAGGUUUGGCUGGUGCAGGGGCAGUUGGAUCUCCAUAUGGGAAGGAUGGUGUCCUGGCUGGGGCUAGUGUUGCUGGUGCAGGUUUGGCUGGUGCAGGGGGAGUUGGAUCUCCAUAUGGGAAGGAUGGUCUCCCAGCUGGGGCUGGUGUUGGUGCUGCAGGUUUGGCUGGUGCUGGUGCUGCAGGUUUGGCUGGUGCUGGUGCUGCAGGUUUGGCUGGUGCUGGUGCUGCAGGUUUGGCUGGUGUUGGUGCUGCAGGUUUGGCUGGUGUUGGUGCUGCAGGUUUGGCUGGUGUUGGUGCUGCAGGUUUGGCUGGUGUAGGGGCAGUUGGAUCUCCAUUUGGGAAGGAAGGUCUCCCAGCUGGGGCUGGUGUUGGUGGUGUAGGUGUGGCUGGUGCGGGUGGACUUGGGUCUCCAUAUGGGAAGGAUGGUCUCCCAGCUGGGGCUGGUGUUGGUGCUGCAGGUUUGGCUGGUGCAGGGGCAGUUGGGUCUCCAUAUGGGAAGGAUGGUGUCCUGGCUGGGGCUGAUGGUGGUGGUGCAGGUGUGGCUGGUGCAGGGGCAGUUGGAUCUCCAUAUGGGAAAGAUGGUGUCCCGUCUGGGGCUGGUGUUGCUGGUGCAGGUGUGGCUGGUGCAGGGGCAGUUGGAUCUCCAUAUGGGAAGGAUGGUCUUCCAGCUGGGGCUGGUGUUGGUGCUGCAGGUUUGGCUGGUGCAGGGGCAGUUGGAUCUCCAUAUGGGAAGGAUGGUCUUCCAGCUGGGGCUGGUGUUGGUGGUGCAGGUUUGGCUGGUGCAGGGGCAGUUGGAUCUCCAUAUGGGAAGGAUGGUCUCCCAGCUGGGGCUGGUGUUGGUGGUGCAGGUUUGGCUGGUGCAGGGGCAGUUGGAUCUCCAUAUGGGAAGGAUGGUCUCCCAGCUGGGGCUGGUGUUGGUGGUGCAGGUUUAGCUGGUGCAGGGGCAGUUGGAUCUCCAUAUGGGAAGGAUGGUCUCCCAGCUGGGGCUGGUGUUGGUGCUGCAGGUUUAGCUGGUGCAGGGGCAGUUGGAUCUCCAUAUGGGAAGGAUGGUCUCCCAGCUGGGGCUGGUGUUGGUGCUGCAGGUUUGGCUGGUGCAGGGGCAGUUGGAUCUCCAUAUGGGAAGGAUGGUCUUCCAGCUGGGGCUGGUGUUGCUGGUGUUGGUGCAGGUUUGGCUGGUGCAGGGGGAGUUGGAUCUCCAUUUGGGAAGGAUGGUCUCCCAGCUGGGGCUGGUGUUGGUGGUGCAGGUUUGGCUGGUGCAGGGGCAGUUGGGUCUCCAUAUGGGAAGGAUGGUCUUCCAGCUGGGGCUGGUGUUGGUGGUGCAGGUUUAGCUGGUGCAAGGGCAGUUGGAUCUCCAUAUGGGAAGGAUGGUCUCCCAGCUGGGGCUGGUGUUGGUGCUGCAGGUUUGGCUGGUGCAGGGGCAGUUGGAUCUCCAUAUGGGAAGGAUGGUCUUCCAGCUGGGGCUGGUGUUGCUGGUGUUGGUGCAGGUUUGGCUGGUGCAGGGGGAGUUGGAUCUCCAUUUGGGAAGGAUGGUCUCCCAGCUGGGGCUGGUGUUGGUGGUGCAGGUUUGGCUGGUGCAGGGGCAGUUGGGUCUCCAUAUGGGAAGGAUGGUCUUCCAGCUGGGGCUGGUGUUGGUGGUGCAGGUUUAGCUGGUGCAAGGGCAGUUGGGUCUCCAUAUGGGAAGGAUGGUCUUCCAGCUGGGGCUGGUGUUGGUGGUGCAGGUGUGGCUGGUGCAGGGGCACUUGGAUCUCCAUUUGGGAAGGAUGGUCUCCCGCUUGGGGCUGGUGUUGGUGCUGCAGGUUUGGCUGGUGUUGCUGGUGCAGGUUUGGCUGGUGCAGGGGCAGUUGGGUCUCCAUAUGGGAAGGAUGGUCUCCCAGCUGGGGCUGGUGUUGGUGGUGCAGGUUUGGCUGGUGUUGGUGGUGCAGGUUUGGCUGGUGUUGGUGCUGCAGGUUUGGCUGGUGCAGGGGGAGUUGGGUCUCCAUAUGGGAAGGAUGGUCUCCCGGCUGGGGCUGGUGUUGGUGGUGCAGGUUUGGCUGGUGCAGGGGCAGUUGGAUCUCCAUAUGGGAAGGAUGGUCUUCCAGCUGGGGCUGGUGUUGGUGGUGCAGGUUUGGCUGGUGCAGGGGCAGUUGGAUCUCCAUAUGGGAAGGAUGGUCUCCCAGCUGGAGCUGUGUCAGGAGCAGCUCAUUUUUCUUUAGGGAGUAAAGAAGUCAUGGGAUCUGUCCAUGGUCAGGAUGCUCUGCUUGGCAGAGCUCAAGGAUAUGUAGGUGGAGUAGGAGGAACUGGCUUAUCGUCAGAAGGUGGGGGUGUUGGUGGCUCUGCCAUACAAGUUGCUGGAUCUGCAUAUGGGUCAGCUGGAUCCAGGGCUGGUGAAAGUGGUGCUAGCAGACUGGGAGGUGAUGGGAGUGAGUUGCACUCUGUCCAUGGUAAAGAAGGUGUGGUAGGUGCUGUUGGAAUGGGUGGUGAAUAUGGGCUGGAUUCACGUGCUGGCAAAUCUGCAUUUGGUGAAGCUGGGAAGGGGACUGCCAGUGAUUUCAGAGGAUCAGAACACAAAGGUUCAUCCCAUGACAAAGAAUCACUUUCAGGUCAAGGUGAUGCUAGGGCUGAGGACAGAGAUUUAGGACAGUCAGGCUCUCGUUAUGGCAAGGAUUCCGCCUCUGGAGGCGCAGGGGGCAGAUCCCAUGAUAGAUUGUUUGGUGAGUGGAAGCCAGGUCUUUUCGAUCAAAGUUCACAGGGUUCUGAUCAGAUGUCAGCCCCUUAUGGUGGUCCUUCAAUAAGCCAGAGAAAACAGGUACCUAGCCUUGAUAUCAAAGCAAGUGAUUUCUUGAAGAGUACAGAAAGUACAGAAAAGAGAAGACGACAUCACCUAGAUGAUCAGACAGCACCACGCUCUCGUGUCAGCAAACACUUAAAUGAUGUCAGAGUCCUGAAAGGGGAACCAACUGAGCUGUCUUGUGCUGUCAAUAGACAUGACUUAACAGGAACCUGGUUUAAGGAUGGGUUAAAGUUAACAAGCAUGGAUGGAGUCUCUUUGGAGAAGGAAGGUCUGGUCCACAAACUCGUUAUUAGCAAAGUAGAAGAUAUCCAUGCUGGGAAGUAUAGGUUUGAAGCUGGAGAUAUAAAAACUGAAGCUUCAAUUUUUGUUGAAGAUCCUCCACAGGUUGAUGAAAUUCUCCUAAAAAAUUUAACGAGUGUCCCUACUGUGGCCAAGGCAGGGGAAAAAGUUGUAAUCAAGAUCCCUUUUGAAGGCCGGCUUCCAGUCAGAGCAACAUGGCUAAAGGACAAAAUAGAACUGGGAGAUGACUCAAGGGUUCGUGUUGAUAAAACAGACACCUUUACAAUGCUGUCCAUCUCCAAUGCUGAGAGAAAGGACUGUGGGGAUUACAAAGUGAGGCUGAAGAAUGACAGUGGAAUCCUGGAUAUUGACCUAAAGGUUGAGGUAAUAGACAAGCCACAGCCACCUGCAGGACCCAUGAAAAUUGUAGAAAGCUCUGCAAAUGAUGUUACCAUUCAGUGGAAUCCCCCAAAGGAUGAUGGGGGCAAACCAGUGCAAAACUAUAUUAUUGAGAAACAGCAAGUAGGCAAGAGCGACUGGGUGGCUGUGGGAGAAACCCCCAGGAGCUGUACUACUUUCACUACCAGCAAAGUGGAACAAGACAUGAGCUACUACUUCAGAGUGAGAGCUGUGAAUGCAGAGGGAACCAGCGAUGCAUUGGAAUCAGAUGAGGUGGUGACUAUCAGUAAAGGUUCACCUGGUGCCCCAGAUCCUCCCGAGAUCAUCGGUGUCAGCAAAGACACCAUCACAAUAUCCUGGAAGACACCUCGGAGAGCUGGCAGCUCCCGAAUUUCGGGAUACAUCGUUCAGAAACGCAAGAUGGGCAGCAUGACCUGGGUGCCAGUCAACAGUGUGCCCGUAGCAGACAAGAAGCUGAAAAUAACCAAUCUCAAGAAGGGUCUGCAGUAUGAGUUUUGUGUGGCAGCUGUCAAUGCUUCUGGCAUAGGAGAUAUGAGUGCACCGUCACAAUCUGUCUUUGCUCGGGACUCCACAACACCUCCAGGUAAAGUGAGGGACCUUAAAAUGACCAUCAAUGACAACACUAGUGUCACCUUGACAUGGAAUGCACCUGAAGCAAAAGAGGGAAGUGCCGUGGAAGGCUACAACGUGGAGAUGCGGUCUUCUAACAACCUCAGCUGGACCAAAUGCAACAUUUUUCCUAUAGAGACGACCACUUACAAAGUUAAAGGCCUGCAAACCAAGGGGACGUACUUCCUACGUGUGAGAGCCAUCAAUGACUGUGGCCCCGGAGAAGCCACAGAGCUUGAAGCUUGCACUGAAGCUGUUCCUCGUGUUGUUUCUCCCAGGUUCAUAAUAGACAAGAGAGUGAAAAAUUUCCUGGUUAUAAAAGCAGGAAACACCAUUCGAGUGGAUAUUCCUUAUGAGGCACCUCCAGAUUCUGUGUUGACCUGGUUAAAGGAUGGGGUUCCUCUUCCAAGCCGUGCUAAAAUAAGCACCCAAGAUGAUACCUCCCAGCUGCUGAUUAAAGCAGCUCAGUUCACUGACAGUGGCAUCUAUACUGUUGAGCUCACGAGUGGGACAGGGAAAAGAGAAACAUUCAGCUUCCAAGUUCAAGUUACAGAUAUCCCACAACCACCCGGACCUAUUGAACUGAGAGAGAAUGUGCCAAAUAUAGUGACAGUAACCUGGGAGCCAUCAACAUCUGAGAAAUGGGAAAGUAAUCUCUUCUACACAGUCCUGAAACGUGAAUCACGGAAAGGCUUGUGGCACGUGAUCGGUGACCUGAUCUACACCAACAAAUUCACUUACACCAAAGUGAUCCCAGGCAGGGAUUACUACUUCAGGGUUGUGGCAAAAAAUCACUUGGGAUCCAGUUGUCCAUCCGACACUGUGCAGCCUUGGAGAAUUCGAAAACCAAAGGCUGACAUUCAAGUCAGACCACAGAGGUACAAGGGGGUUAAUCAGAACCAGCCCCCAAGAUUCCUCGUCCCCCUGAAGCCUCACGUGGUGACCACUGGCAGUGAGUGCCGCAUGAGCUGUGCAGUUGGAGGCCAUCCACCCCCAAAAGUCACGUGGUACAAAGAUGGGAAAGACCUCUCCAAUAAUCCUUCCUAUUUUGGCACAAACGACUUUGGUGUCUGCUCCCUGGUGAUCCUUGGCGUUUCCAAGGCUGAUGAAGGAGACUACACAGUUGAAGCCACCAAUGAGUCAGGCCGUGCUUUCAGCAGAGCCUCCCUCACUAUUAAAGACUCCUGCCUGUAACAGGACCUUCCUGAAACCACCUCCUCACUCUGGUGUGAAUAAGGUUUUCUCUGAGAACUGGCCCUGCACAAAGGCUACGUGUCUAUUCUCAGAUGUGCAAUAUAGUCUGAGUGCUUUCUUUUUCAGAUCCAGUAGUUGCAUUUUGAACAGGAUGCUGCAUUGUAGUCAAAAUGGUGGGGAAAAGCUUUAAAAGAGUUGUAUGAUCCUGACUUUCCUCUACGACCUUUAAAACACAAAUGAGAAGCUUCCGAAACUCAGAAGAUGAGAGGGAAAAAUAAUUGGCCAAAGUGAGACUUUGCAUGGAGAAGGCAGAUGUGAGACCGUUCUGCCACACCUCUUACUGCUCAGGCUGCCAUAAGAACGCUUCUGGACACCAGAUCUCUGAAGCUGGCCUCUUAUCCUGUGGUUUUCUAAUCUGGAGCACUCAUUUUGGAUUCCACCUAACUAUCAGCAGGUGUCCCAGUUGUGGUAGAAUUCCACCACCAGCAGCAGCUAUGUCAUUUCCCUUUACAUCUAAGUGGGAAGCAGUAUGUCUGCUAGCUUUAUCUGUGUAAGAGGAAUUCUCAGACAAGGCUAACAUGAGGUAGUGCUACUGGCAGUGAAAGUGGGUGGACGAGAAUGAAUGGAAAUCUAGAACCAGUUGUAUUUGUGUGAGCAGAUCAGCUAUAAAGAAGGAUGCAGCAGUCCUGAGCUACCACAUUAGCAUCGCCUUUGAAACGUAGCUGUCCCUACCUCAUGGCAUCCCUAGAGUAUUAUUGCUUAAUGCUAAAAGAGGUUAAAAAUCAUUCAUGUUUGACCAGAAGUACGAAGUACAACCAAAGGUCCUCUGCUAUGGCUGGAGGAUUCCAUCACUGAAUAGAGAAUGGGACUGGAAAGCCAAAAUGUCGUGGUGACCACACAGUGCCUUGGAGCUUUGGCACCACAGCAGUUUUCAUGACAGCAUCUCAGAGAACAGGAGAGUCAAGGACUUAAAGCCACUGGAUCCUCAGACAGCCAGUCAAGCAUUUAUAUGGGGCUGAAGUGUUUCCUGGUUAUAUUUUGUACAAUGUUGUACAGACGUAGGAACAGUAGAUCAUUAAAUUAAACAAUUGUUCAGUAAAACUAAA